AUGGCCAACAAGCGACGACACACCUCGGACCAUGAGGCCGACGACAGCUCUCCGCCCUCCUCACCGAAGCGUGCACGAACCAACGGCGAUGCUGCAGACGACGACACUGCCCUCGAAUCAGAGACAGUCGACGGUGGUUACACAUACCAGUAUCACAGCCAUGUCAACGAGGACCACAACCUGCACCUCGAUGUCUCCUCCGACGAGGGCGAGGAUCCGCAAGCAGAGAUUCGUGCAACUCAGCUGGUUCAACGUCACUAUCAACAGAACAAAGAGAACAAGGCUGCUGAACAGGGAAUCAUCGAGGAGGUCUACAUGGAGAAUUUCAUGUGUCACAGCAAGCUCCGCAUCCAGCUGGGUCCUCUGAUCAACUUCAUCAUCGGUCACAACGGAAGUGGAAAGAGUGCCAUUCUCACUGCCCUCACAAUCUGCCUGGGCGUCAAGGCUUCUCAGACCAAUCGCGCCGGCAGUCUGAAGAACUUCAUCAAGUCUGGCGAGGAGUCUGCAUACGUCGCCGUCAAGAUCAAGAACCAAGGCGACAUGUCCUACUAUCCCAACGAUUACGGCAAGUCCAUCAUCGUCGAGCGACACUUCACGCAGACCGGGAGUGGCUUCAAGAUCAAGAACGCAGAGGGAAAGACCAUGUCUACAAAGAGAGCCGAGCUUGAAAACAUUGUCGACUUCUUUGCUUUGCAGCUGGACAACCCGAUGAACGUUCUAUCUCAAGACAAGGCUCGCGAGUUCCUCAGCGGCUCUUCUCCUUACGACAAGUACAAGUUCUUCAUCAGAGGUACACAACUGGAAGCGCUCGAUGGUGACUACCGUAUUCUCGAGGACCAGUUGGACGGCAUCGAAGUCAAGCUGGAGCUUGGCACGUCUGACCUUGAAGUUCUGGGAAGAAAGGCAAGGGAAGCCGAAGCCAAGAAGAAGCUCAUCGACCGUAGUCAGACCACCUUGGAAAAGAUCAAUCAAUUACGCUGGCAGCAUGCUUGGGCUCAAGUUGAGGAGCAAGAACGCGAGCUCGAAAGAAUCGAAGAGCAGAUUCGCCAGGCUGACAACAAGAUCACCAUGCAGCAAGCCUACGCCGACCAAGCCAGCAAACUUUACGACGAAUCAAACACCACCCGCGAAGCAAACGCCAGUGUCAUCACAGAUCUCGAAGAGCAACUAGGUCCACUUCAGGAGAAUCUCACUGAGGUCAAAAGCAUCUUCGACUCAACUUUGAACGAGAUGCGAAACAAAAAGGCUGAACAGAGGAACAUCAAGGAGGACAUUAAAGCCUCAAAGACAACCAUGAACAAUCUAGAGGCCAAGAUGAAUGUUGAAAGAGCAAGGAUAGAAAAUGCCAGCGGUCCUGCUCACGCCCAAAAAGUAUCCGAACUCGAGAAUGCUCGAGUCGAACUCCAGGAGGCGAAGCAACGCGAAGAAGAGCACAACUCGCAGAGGAUGCAGAUCGACAACAACGUCAAUCAAGCACAGAACGAUGUUAGCAAUGCUCGUGGACAGGCCUUGGAGGGAAAGAGGAAGGCGGUCCGUGAUGCAGAAAAUAUGCUUCAGCAGCUACGGGACGAUCAAGGUCAACAGGCUCGAGCCUUCCACCCGUCUGUCCACAACGUUCUCCGGCAGAUCAGGAACGAGCGCCGUUUCUCGCAGGAGCCAGCUGGACCGAUAGGUAUGCACGUCAGACUGCUCAAACCAGAGUGGGCUUCUAUUCUCGAGACCACAUUCGGUAGACAACUGAACUCCUUUGUUGUCAAAAACGCUCAAGACAGCAGGUUGUUGUCGAGAAUUUUGGAACAACAAAGAUGCGACGCAAACAUAAUAAUCAACAACGGAAACCACAUCGAUACUUCACUGAAUGAGCCAGAUCAGAACCUCGUAACGAUACUUCGGAUUAUGGAGAUCGACAAUGAUGCAGUCCGUAACUGCCUUAUCAUCAAUCAAUAUAUCGAUCAGACUGUCCUGAUGCCCGAUCGACCAAGCGCUAACGAGCUUACUCAAGAGCAGCCGCGUAAUGUGAGGGUCGUCAUGUGCCACGAUCAGCACAAGCGCGGAGCUGGCCAUCGAUACAAUUCUACUAGAGCUGGAGGGUUCAACGUAGGACCAGUCCAUCCCUGGACAAAGCAAAUGCGCAUGAAGACCAGUGUGGAGGCGCAGAUGAGCAUGGCACAAGAAAACUUGAACAGUGCCAAAAGAGAUCUCCAAGCAGCCGAGAACCACGUCCGGACACUCGAGACCGCUCUCACUCGUGCAAAGCAGGCGAAGACCCGACAUGAUAGAGACACAAGGGAUAUCCGCCAGCAGCGGCAAAGAUGUGAAGACCGCAUCGAAGAGCUGCAGACAGAGCUCGACGCUGAUGCUGUGAACGACACCAGCGCUUUGGACGAGCUUCACGCUCAAUACACCGAAGCUGAACAGAAUCUCCAAGCUGCGCAAGAUACCUUCGGCGACUCGGUCAAUGCCUUAGACAAGCUAGGAGACGACAACAGGAUAAUCAAACAACAGCUCGAUGCUGCAACCAGGGAAGUCGAAGAAGCUCAAGCUCAACUCAACAAAGCACUGAAGAGGUUGGAAGACAAGACAACUCAGCGCGAGCUGACGCUUCGGGAAAAAAAUGAAGCUCUCGAGAAAGUAGAUCUUGCUCAGCAAGAGAAAGCGGCACUUGAAGAGCAGCGCGUUGAGCAGGACCGACUCAUCCAGGAUGAGUACUUGCCAGGAGCUACUGCAGUCAGCCGCAGAAUUAUCGUUGAGCCCGGCAACACUGUGGAGGUGUUGGACAGGAAACUUGAAAAGCUCGAAGAGGAAAACAAGCGAUUCCAAGCUAGUAUUGGUGGCAGUCGUGAGGAAAUCUAUGAGAAGUGGCGCACCGCACACAAGGAGUUUGCUAGCGCCCAACGGAACUUGACUGGAUCGAAGGAUGUCGCAAAGAAACUGAAGUCGGCGCUGCUAUACCGAAAGAGCCGUUGGAAGCUCUUCCGCAAGUACAUCACAACAAGAGCGAAAAUCACCUUUAGCUAUCUGUUGUCUGAGCGCAACUUCCGCGGUCGCGUUCUUGUCAAUCACACGGACAAGAUGUUGGAUAUCAAUGUCGAGCCCGACAUUUCCAAGAACAGCGACAAGGGCCGUCAGACCAAGACUCUCUCAGGCGGUGAAAAGUCGUUCUCAACCAUCUGUCUGCUCCUCUCAAUUUGGGAAGCAAUGGGCUCUCCUAUUCGUUGUCUUGACGAGUUCGAUGUCUUCAUGGACAGUGCGAAUAGAGAAGUCAGUAUGAAGAUGAUGAUCCAAGCUGCCCGUAGAUCUGUUGGCAGACAGUUUGUGCUCAUCACACCACAAGCUAUGGGCAAGUAUACCGAGGGUGUCCGGGAUGUCAGUGUACACAAGAUGGCGGAUCCUGAGCGUGGACAGACGACACUUGACUUUGGUGCUGCUUGA